AUGAAUCUACAAUUAAAAGUGCAAAAAGAUGUUCUUCUUUUGUUUCUUUACACUAUUGUUUGCAACUUGGUGUUAAUUAGUGCAGGAGCUACUGUAGGGUAUUCCUCCGUAGUGCUUCCUAUACUAACGGAUAACACAUCUAUAACGGAUAAUACAAUAACUUUAAACACAAUGGAAUCAUCUUUAUUCGUAUCUAUAUUAUCUAUCAUCAUAACAAUUGGUUGCUUCCUAAGCAUUAUUAUGAUGAAUUAUGGGAGACGACGUACAAUGAUAGUGUGCGGUGUUAUCUUUUCUUUGGGAUGGAUCUUGAUGGCGACUAGUUAUAAUGUAAUACAACUCUUUGUCGGUAGGAUACUAACAGGAUUUGGCUAUGGUUUAUGCACAACUUCCGUUGGAAUUUAUUUGGCAGAAAUUUCUAUACCUUCAUGGAGGGAAGUCAUUACGGUUACUCCGAAUGUAGCUCUUACCAUCGGAAUUCUAGUCGUUUACCUUCUAGGGUAUGUCAUAGAGAAUAAUUGGAGAUUGAUGGCAGCUGUUUUCAGCAUUCCUUCGAUAUUAUUUGUGCUAUGCAAUAUCUUUUUUAUCUGCGAGAGUCCUGAGUGGUUGCUUUUAAAGGGCCAAAAGGAGAAAGCUAAGAUCGCUCUACUUCGUAUUCGCGGUUUGCAUCAGGAAACGAUUGAGUUCCAAGAAGAGUUUUCUAAAAUGGUGAACUAUAUUGAGCUGUCAAUAUCUCAAAAUUGUCAAAUAGAUUCCUCAUCAACUAAAGAAUUCGGAUGGAGAUCGUUUCUUAAUCGUAACGUGUGGGGCAUGCUGACGAAAAUCCGAAGAAUGAUCGUUUUACCAGAAGUGUGGAAGCCUUUUGUGAUACUAAAUCUUUAUUUACUUUUUCAAAAGUUUUGUGGGCUGUACGUGAUUAUAUAUUACACCGUCGAUAUUAUUACCAGGCUCAAAAUCACAAUAGACCCCUUCCUCAUCACCGUCAUAGUAGGGACAAUCCAAGUGAUAGGCAACAUGAUUGCUGCAUGCUUCAGCAAGAGAAUCGGUCGUCGAAUAAUUUCUAUUGUGUCCGGUACUGGUAUAUCUAUCUCUUUGGGCGCAUUAGCAAUCUACCUGCAAUUUUUUGAGACUACUGGCAUUACGGUUGUUCCCCUCGUUUGCUUUCUCUUAUAUGUGGGUUUUGGUGCAUUCGGAUUUUUUUCGAUGCCUUUGGCAAUGAUUCCGGAACUGUAUCCCAGCAAGUAUGUAAACGUUUUGGGACAAAUUACCAAUGCUAUCUCUCUGUUGAGCAGUUUUGUAAUCGUACAAUUAUACCCAACGAUGGUAACGCAUGAUAGAAAUGCUACUAUUUAUUUUUACUGCGUAAUAGCUAUCAUAGCUACUGUUUUUCUAACGAUUACGUUACCGGAGACACUGGGAAAAACGAAAACACAAAUAGAAGAAGCCUUUAAGGACAAGUUGAAGAUAAAUGAAACUUUUAAAAAAAUUGAAGAUGCAUGCUAA